CAUUAAACCAAUGGUCCGUAUCAUCGCUCUGGUAUAAGGAGAAGAAACUAACAGUCGAGGAAAACAAAAAAUGAAGUUCGACGAGAUACUGGAGCACAUUGGAGAAUUUGGCAGAAGUCAGGCUUGGAUUUUGUGCCUGCUUUGUAUCCCACAAAUAAGUUGUGCCUGGCAGAUCGUAGUGGUGGUGUUUCUGCAGGAGACCCCAGACCACAGGUGCAGUCCUCCAGCUUUGCUGAAUGACACUUUCUUAUUUCAAAAUCCUUGGCACGAGGCUCUGGUGAACCAGACUAUCCCAAUUAACGACAAAGAUGGCGGCUACGACAAAUGUAGCUACUACCGGCAAACCGACGACGGGAAUACAACUGAAGCUGAAUGCGAUACCUGGGUGUAUGACACGUCAGUCUUCUCGAAGACUUUCCCGAUGGACUUUCAGUUGGUUUGCAAGGACUCGUCUAAGGUUCGUAGUAUCCAAGUCAUCUUUUUGAGUGCUGUACUCGUAGGUUCCAUCAUUGGAGGAAUUUUAGCUGACUACUGUGGACGCAAACCUGUAUUUAUCGUAGCCUGUCUUCUCCAUGGAAGUGCCGGAGUGGCUGCUGCUUUCUCUCCCAAUUAUACUGCCUUUGCCACCUUUAGGUUUUUGGUUGGAUUGGCCAGUCCGAACAUAUUCGCGUCGGCCAUGGUGCUCGCCUUGGAACUUGUGGGCCCCAGCAGACGUAUGGUGGCAGGUUUAGCUCCGGAAUUUGCUUGGUGUACAGGCUUGGUUCUUCUGACACCUCUUGCAUACCUCAUAAGGGACUGGCGAUAUCUUCAGCUCGCUGUAUCUGUUCCUUCCUUCCUGUAUAUUUCUUUAUGGUGGCUCAUACCAGAAUCCCCUCGUUGGUUACUAAUACGGGGUCACACAGAGAGGGCAGAGAAAAUCCUACGCUGGGCCGCCAAGGUCAACAAGAAAACCCUUCCUGCCAAUAUCUUUGACGAGAAAACACUCGAGAAAACGGAAUAUGUGAGCCCGCUGGAGAUGCGCAAGACUCCAAGGCUCCUUCUACGAACCUUGAUUGGGAUGUUUGUCUUUUUUGUCAUAGCUUUGGUAUGGUAUGGUCUCGCCCUAAACCCGGGCACUCUUGCCGGUGAUCUCUUCGUGAAUUAUUUCCUUAUGGCCAUAACUGAAUACCCGGCUUACUGCAUUUGUUUCGUCAUCAAUAAAUUGGGAAGAAGAUGGCCACAUGCUAUUAGCAUGAUGGUCGCCGGAGUUGCUAUGAUCUCCACUAUAUUUGUCGAGCUCUAUGCUCAGAAAGGGAUACUGUCAACGGACGUUGCUCAAACCUCUCUCUUUAUGCUUGGCAAAACUGGAAUCACCACAGCCUUCGCCAUUUUCUUUAUGUGGAGUGGGGAAUUUUCCCCGACGCCCCUGAGAAAUUUCGUGGUAGGCAUGUGCAACGUGAGUGGUAGGGUGGGCGCCGUGUUUGCACCGCUGAUAGUGGAAGCAUUUGAAAAAAACGCCCAACUUGGGAACACAAUACCAUGGAUAAUAUUUGGCGUGAUGGCGUUGCUUGCCGGAAUAAGCUCCCUUUUUCUGCCAGAGACUCGUAACAAGCAACUCCCAGAAACAUUGAUGGAUGCUAAUGAUGUUGGUGUGAAACCAACCAGCGGGUCCAGUUUACCAGAUCCAGCACACGGCAUAUCCCUCAUGACAGAACAGCCACCAGGAGAUCUCAAGGAUGAAAUCAUGCUACAAGAUAAGACAAACUCUAAAGCCAUCUAGGAAAUUAAUUUGCGCCGCAACGAAAUUUACUGUUCGCUUCAGUGUAAAACGAUAGAACGAAACUCGCAGUUGGUUGAACAAAGCGAUGACACGCACUCAGGGCUUGGUGUUUCACUUACUGAAAUUACCAGUAGAUUUGUGUGUAAAUUUUUCUUGCUACUCUUUUGUAAGCAAAUUUUAAUCAACCCUUAAAUAUUAUAGUUGAUAUUUUAAAGACAUGUACAGUAAUGGGUUUAGUUUUCAUUGAGCCUGUUCAGUCCAAUAUGGUUUCGGUGUACCGUAUCAUGUUUUAAUCUUCGUUUAUCUGUCUUUACACACGCACACGUACAGGGGUAUGGGGAUUGAACUGUCAGAGCAGUCUGGGCUACCGAGUUGACUGUAGUACAUAUAUAUAAAUAACUGUUUUGUAGCGUGGUCAGUUCAUUAUGAAGCGACCGAGGGUACUGGUGUUUGGCGAUUAUUUUACAU